CAAAAAAGAAAAGAAAAUGAUUUUUCAUUCCCUCAAACUUUUGUGCUUUGGAUUUUUCAAAUAUGUAUAUUUACUCUUCAAGACUUCAACACUUCCUUUAAUCCACUUCAGAUGGGAAAUUUCAAUGUAAUAUCUCAACCAAAGAAACUCUCUCUAUUACUCAACAUAGGCUUCCUUUGCCUCCUCUCUUUCUAUCUCACAACCUCUAAUUUUCUUGACAAAAAAUCCCAAGAACCAAACACCAUAUCUUCUUUAGUUCUCAAAGAACUGAAUACCAGCUCAGAUGGGUGUACUGGAUUCCAUGACUACACUGAUUAUAAGCUCAAGUGCUUGUAUGUCAAGACCCAUAUUGGAUGCAGAACAAAAGGGUACAUAAACUAUUUGUUUAUCUUUUAUUGCACUUGUGGGAAAUCCCCAAUUCUUGGUCACUCUCUACUUCUUCUAUGGCUUAUUGUUUUAUUCUAUUUGUUGGGUAACACAGCUGCAAACUACUUUUGUGAUUCCUUAGAGGGUUUGUCCAAAAUUUUGAAGCUAUCACCAACAAUAGCAGGAGUAACUCUGCUUUCACUAGGAAAUGGUGCUUCUGAUGUGUUUGCUAGUAUUGUUUCCUUCACUAGUUCAAGUAGGGGAGAAGUUGGGCUAAAUAGUGUUCUGGGUGGAGCAUUUUUUGUGUCUAGUGUAGUUGUAGGGGUUAUAUGUAUACUAAUUAGUCCUCAAAAUGUUUCAGUUGAUAAGCCAAGUUUCAUUAGGGAUGUGAUUUUCCUCAUCUUCUCACUUGCUUCUCUUCUUCUGAUAAUCUUCAUUGGCAAAAUCAACUUCUGGGGUUCAAUCUGUUUUCUCUCAAUUUACUUCCUCUAUGUCUGUGUUGUUUCAAGCAUGUAUAUUUUCUCUAGAAAUGAAAGGAAAAUGCAUUCUCCUUUAGUAGGUGAUUCGGAGGAGAUUGGUAUACCCUUGUUGGGUUAUGUUGAUGAUGAAAAACCCAUUUCAGUAAGUGAAGCAAGUGCCAAUCUUGAUCAUGAAAAUCAAAAACAAGGUCAGAUUUUUCUCAAUCUUGAUUCAUCUUCAUGUGGGUUUUUCCUCAAAUUCUUGCAAGCUUUGGAGCUCCCUCUAUACUUGCCAAGAAGGUUGACUAUUCCUGUUAUUUCUGAGGAGAGAUGGUCGAAACCAUAUGCUGUAAUUUCAGUGACAUUGGCACCAAUUUUCUUGGCAGCAAUUUGCAAUUCACAAGGAGAGAACAAGUUUGGUUCGAGGACUAGUCUUGUGAGCUACUUUACAGCAGGAUUGAUUGGGAUGGUUCUGGGUAAUUUGGCAUGUGUGACGACAAAGAAGUCAAGCCCACCAAGUAAGUGCUUGCUCCUUUGGCUUGCAAGUGGGUUUGUGAUGAGCAUAACUUGGACAUACGUCAUUGCAGAAGAAUUGGUCUCUUUAUUGGUCUCACUUGGUUACAUACUUGGUAUUAGUCCUUCAGUUUUAGGACUCACCGUCCUUGCUUGGGGCAACUCCUUAAAUGAUUUGAUAACCAAUGUAGCCAUGGCAGUGAAUGGUGGGCCUAAUGGUGCCCAAGUUGCCAUAUCAGGAUGCUAUGCUGGGCCCAUGUUUAACACACUAAUGGGUAUUGGUAUUUCACUUGUUUUCUCAUCUUGGACCAAGUAUCCAGCCUGUUAUGAAAUCCCCAUAGACCCUUCUCUCUAUGAGACUCUAGGGUUUCUCAUAGGAGGAUUACUUUGGGCACUUGUGGUUUUGCCUAGAAAAAACAUGAGGCUUGAGAGAGUUCUUGGGAGUGGACUCUUGGCCAUCUACUUGUGCUUUUUGUUUCUUAGAGUGGCCAAAGCUGUUGGUCUAUUGAGACUUGAUGAUGUGUCCUUUGUAAAGAAAGGGUAAUGCAUGGUGGAACUUUUGUACUUUUGUGCUAGAUCAUACUACAUUAUUGGAUAUUGUAUGGACAUGUAGUACCAUAAUUAGAGUGUCUUUUUUUAUAUUUUGUUUGCUUAUUAGAAGUGGACAAAGUCUUUGAUGGCGAGGUUACAAACUCACAAUCCAUCAUUCUCAAGUUAAUUUGUCAAACCCACAAAGCAACUAAUGAAUGCAUGUGUGGUUUUUGAUUGA